AUGAAUACUCGUACCGAAUGUUCGCCAAGAAUUAUAAAAAGGAUAAUCUCCAAAGAAAAGACAGACGAGGCAUCAAAAUAUGAUUUUUACCGACAAAUUAACCAUUUAUGCAUCAUCAAGCUGGACAAUGAAGCAGACAAAUUGAAUUAUUCUUCGUGGUUAACUAGAUUGGAUAGUGACACUUCAGAUUUAAAAAUGCAUCUUAUCAAAAUCUUAUUUGUAUCGUUGAGGAGUGAUAAAGCUUUUCAAAUGUUUUUAAGACCCCCACCCGAUGAUCUCAAAGAUUUAGAGUUGCGGUCUGAUAAUACAAUGGAUAUGGUUAAAUGGUUACAAGAUCAUAAUAUAGUCGAUGAAACGUUAACUAACGAGCAGAAAAAACAAGAGAUUAUACACAAACGUUCUGCAGCCGUAGCUACAAAUUUGCGUUCUUACACAACGCUCAAAACUUCACCAUACUUUGUUCAAUCGUUCUACGUAAGGUCAGAUUGGCCAAUUUAUACAUGGUAUAAUCCAUCGUCUAUUCGAGUGCCGACUAACCAUGAUCAUAACCAAUGGGAACUAUUCCUAAAUCGUUUUCAAAUUGUAACCGAUGAUAAAGAUUCCAGCAUUAAACACAAAAACGAAUGCGAUGAUAUUAUUCCAAUUGAUCAAAUAUCAAAAGAAGUGGAGACCGUUUUUAAUUGGCAUCCUUGGAGUAUACUGACUAGUGAAGAAAAUAGACCCAAACGAACACCAGGUUCUAUUGCGAUUGAUGUAGAUAUAUCAAGCCAACAAUGUAACCAAAAGCAAAUAGACGAAGCUGCAUUGGCAAUAGUGUUUUGUAAAGAAUUCCCUGGUAAUAAGAUUGUAAGCCGAAGAAUGUAUUAUGAUACACUGAUUCCGGACGCGAAAUUUAUUUUUAAAAUGACGGGUGUAACGUUAGUCGAUUAUUCCAAUGUUAAGUUAAAAGAAGCCGAAAAGCUACCAUUUACUUGCGAAUUAAAAGACUAUAAACGGGCUGCGAAAAACAUCUGCGAUGUCAAAAAAGAAAAGACAGUGUGUCCGUGUGAAAAACCAAUGAUGACUAUUCCUUGCAGAAAAUCAAUUGAGUCGACAUGCCCAAACGAACAAUUGGCAAAAAAGGCGAGCAUGGUGCACAACCAGAGCGAUUGUAACCAGAACUCGACGAAGCUGGAAUGCAAGUCCAAAUCGAAAUGUCUGAAGAGGAAUGUGAAGAAAACCAAGUCGGUGGAACCCUGUAAAUUUCCCAAGGACGACGACGACGGCUGCCCCCCAGACGUCGUCGACGAUUGUAACAACGAGUCGAAAGAAAAGAGAAUCCGUUCGACGGUAUUGAACGCUGGCGGAUCGUCGUCGUUCAACGACAGUUCGACUUGCGAUUGGACCGUGUCUUGCAGCACCGAGUCGAUAUCGACGAGAGAACCCGAACGGGCCCGCAGCGGCGGCAACGUCGACUGCGCGUCCGCCUUGUCGGAUCAAGUGGCUCCCGUCGAAACGGAAAACCGGAAAAGUGCAUCGCCGCUGCACUGCAGCUGCAGCGGUUUGCAGCGGACGGCGGCCACGCCUCCACGCCACAGCCCGAGAACCGCCGCGGAGAGCGUCCGAAAACCGCCCCGAGAACAUCACCGCGGUCGGCGUGAACUCGGCCAUCACGACGGCGCGAACUCGGAACGGACCGCGGGGAACGGAGGACGGGCGGACGCGCCUAUCUACGGCAGCGGUCGGCGAAGAGAGCAGAGGACGAGCACCCCGGAGCCCCCGAGACCCCAUGGCCACGGCCGCAGGGUAGGACAGCGGCCGUGCACCGCCAAAGACCUGCAAAACCGGUCAUGUCCGGCACCGUUUGCGCAAAGCUGCAGGUUGCUGCCCAGCUCUGAGUUGGCGGAACAUCGGCCGCCGACCGCGCCGAGGCGGCCCGACACUUCGGCGGCGGCGCUGUCGUCGUGUUCGGACAGGAGACGCGGCGGCCUGUCACAGCAACAGCAACACGAACCUGCCGGGCCAAGCGGCGACAACAGAUCCGACACGGCUUGGGAUCCGGACGCGGGCGGCAGCUAUUCCGCGUUCUCUGCGACAAUACGCUCGCGGCCGUCGACGCCGUUGCCGGCCAACGAUUAUCACGGCACCGCCGCCGCCGCGGCCGCCAUCAGCGGCGACAACGACGACCUGUCGGACGACUGCGACGACUCCGGCGAGGCGAGCCGCGAUUGGUCCGCCGAAAUACUGCCCGAGGUCGAUCGAUGUCUGUCGUGGACCAGGGUCAUGUGGACCAAUAACCGGUUAGACGACGACAACAACAACAACAACAACAACAACGACUACGGCGACACCGCGGGUUCGCUGCAGUCCACGUCGUCGGCCGCGUCGUUCGACGGUUCGGUUGAAAUGCGUCGGACGGACGACUUUCUGCAGGUGUCGACGACCGACGACGACCGAUAUCCGAGCGACGACGACGUCAGCCUGCAGCGCGAGGACGCCGCGAGCGCGCCGGGCUCUUCGAACACCUGGCCUUGGUCGUCGUCGUCGACGGGCGACUCGAGGAGCGGCCCGCGAGUUCGGGAAUUCGGUGACGUCGGAGCCCCGGACCGGUACGACGACGGCACGUCCCGUUCGUCGGACGGCGGUAACGCGUCCGCGGGACCGGACGACGAUUACCGCGGAGGAUUCGAAACGGACGACGACGAUGACGGCGCGUGCGCGGCUCCGCUGCAGAGCCGUAGGAAUUAUUGA